UUUGUUCCGAAUUUAUUCGCUAGUAUCAUUGUCAUCACUUUCACUUUUCACGCUUUUUGCUCUAUCGUGGUUUUAGUGUGCAUAUACUGCAUAGGCGCAGUCGCCAUGGAUGACACCAUGUCGACCCUAACGAAAAUGACCCGCACGGUAAAAAAACUGGAGGUGCCCAGACCCCUGAAAUCGACGACCAGUUCCGCACAUACCCGCAACUCUGUAUUAGAUGUGAAAAUUAAUUCUGUUGAUGAUCUAAUAGUGUUGACUGAAGGUGUGGCAUACCAGAUGAUGCAGGGAAAUUUUGAUCGUGCCCUCCAGAGCAAUGUUGCUACCAUGUACUCCAACCUCAAGCUUUAUGGUGCCCAGCUCGAAGCACUUUAUAAGGAGUUUCUUGAUAGAUAUUUUGUUGUAUUCCGUAACGGGUCUCAGGAUGAAAGAUUGGACAAAAAAACUCGUCUCCAUCUUCUUGAGUUAAUAGAAUUACGUGCAAAGAAUUGGCAAGGAUCUGAUUAUAUGAGUCAAUAUUAUAGACACCGUGGUACACAUGCUGAGCCACUGUUAGUUCCUACCAUGGAAGGGUCGGGGUCGGGUGGCUCGGUUUCCCCCACGCUGGCUGCGCCUACCGAGCCGCCCACUUUACUUGGCCCCGGUGAAGUCAUCAAGCCAUCUGGCAAAUUCCCUAAGCCAACGAAAAUACCGGGCAAAAACUAUUCCAAGGAUGAAGUUGUUAUUAGAAAUGCUGAUUCUGGAAAAGUGAUGGGUAUCAAGGGCAGACGGGUGCACAUGAUCGAGGAGAUAAGUGACACGAUAAUAUCGUUUCAGAGAGUGAGUCCAGGCGCAAAGGAGAGGCUUGUUCAAAUCACAGGUCCCAAUGAAGAAAAUGUUAACCACGCGAAGCAUUUGAUCGGUGAUACAAUAAGGCGCAAUGCGUCUCCGGUGAGGCUGGAGGGAGCGCUGGAGGGCCCGCUGGCGGGCUCGCGCGCCUCGCUCGACUCCGCCGGCUCGGACGACGCGCCGCACGUCUUGCAGCGCGAGAAGUCGCCUCACAACAACAAUCGGACAUUGCUUCAUAGCUUCUCUACGAACGACGCCGCGCUUGGAGAGUAUAAGCACACUGUGACUUUUGGCCAACAUUCCAUUAAGAUCACGGGCAACAAUCUGGAUCUUGUUAAAACGGCAAAGCUGGUACUGGACGAGUACUUUGAGAGUGCGGGAGCGCUGGAGGCGCUGGGCGCGGGCUCCGGCGACUUCUUCACGUUGUCUCAGCGGCCCGGAGCCGCGCUGCUGCUGCGUGAUGAUGCACUCAAUGGCGAUGACGAUGUGUUCGCGCCUGCGCAUGCGCACGCUUCUGACGACGCGCAAGCGGCGGGGGAGGGCGAGACGGCGCCGCGCCGGCCACGUUUCUCGCGUGCCACCAGCACUGACAAGAACCAAGGUGCGGCCGGCGCGCGGCAGACGUACACGUACGAGACGCUGGUGCAGUACGCGGACUCCCCGCUCAGCAAGCUGCCGCCCGCGGGCCUGGCCGGCUUCCCGCCCGAGCUCGUGCGCAAGACUUGUCUGGAGUUUGACAGCGCGAGUUACCUGCGCAAGGCGCGUGCAGCGGCCGCCACCACAGUCGCCGCGCCCGACGCCCCCGACUCGCCUGAACCCGAGUAACGUCCCGCCCACAUGUGCCCCACCCCCGACACACCCUCGCACGAUACAUCACCAACAUUUUGUCAGCAAAGGACGAUUGUCUAUCCAAUACAUUUCUGUUGUAUAGGUCUCUUAGCUCCAACUAAACUACCUUACAAAAUAAAAAGGUACCUAAAGUUUAAUUCAACUAAAACAAAAUUUAGAGUAAAGUGACAAUCGUCCUUUGCGCAUUAUUAGCAUUGUAAUUAACGCACGUAGCGCACAUCACAUUAUUUUGUAUUAUCACAAUGGUUCGGGCGAUUUUAAAAUUUUAUCACAAUAUUGGCUAGACUAGGCCGGCGGUAUAGAGGCAGCUAAUAAUGUCCUAUAAGUCAUUUACUAUUAGAGUAUUCGUUAGCCGUGAUUUUGAUCAUAAGAAUUUUCUUUUGGCAGCCGUCCGUAGUUGAAUUCUUUUUGCUUUACGUUGUACUAAUUUAGCGGACUUCUUUUACUAAAAAGUAUUAGCUCACCAAAAUAUCUUAUUUAUGUAACUUUUUUUAUUAUUUAGUUGAAUGGCGGAUCUAUGGAAAAUGUGAU